AAGAGUGAGGAGGCUGGGGGAGCCGAUGAGGAAGGCUUCCGUUAGGUGCGCAGUGGUGGGGGCAGGGAAGAGCGGAUGGAUUCAGGGAUACUCAGGAGGGAACACAGGCAAGGGAGCCUCCUGGGUGUGGAGGAUGAAAGUGGCUGGAAGCUGGCAAGUUACAUUUUGGGCCUGUUGGGUGAGCGAUACCUGGGAGUCAUCCAGGUGGGGCCCUGCGCUCAAAAGAGAGGUCCGGCUGGAGAUGCACAUUUGGGAGUGACAUGCGUGUAAAUGAUGAGCUUAGCCUUGGGUAGACCAGAUGGCCCAGGGGGAGUGUGUGGACCAAGAAGAGAAGAGCAGAGAGGAGGGCCUAGAAGUGAGCUCCAGGGGUGCCAGCAUUCAGAGACGGAGCGUUGGGAGGUGUCCCAGAGAGGGAGCAGGGAACCCGGGGAGCCCGGUGCUGGAGGAGCCCGAGGAUGCUGAAGGAUGGGGGCCUAGCCUGCGGUGAAGUCUCUGGAGGCUUCAGCCUCACCGUGUGCCAUUCAGACACCUCCGUAAAUUAAAAUCCUAUGGGUGCAGUUAAGACAAGAGGGACCCUUGGACGGGACAGAGUGUGAGGUGAAGCGGCUCGGACACCGGCUGGCCAGAGGCAUCCGGAGCCAUGUCAGAACUUUGAGCGAGGCCUGGUGACAGGGACCGGCUGUCACCCACCAGUCUUCCCAGCUCCGCUUCAGGAUGCUGAGCCUGAAGCUCCCCAGGCUGUUCAGCAUAGAACAGGUGCCCCAGGUGUUCCACGAGCAGGGCAUCCUCUUCGGCUACCGACAUCCACAGAGUUCCGCCACGGCCUGUCUCCUCAGCCUUUUCCAAAUGACUAAUGAGACCCUCAACAUCUGGACGCACUUGCUGCCCUUCUGGUUCUUCACGUGGAGGUUUGUGAGCACCCUGCGUGUGACGGACGUCCUGAAUGACAGCUACGCCUGGCCUCUGCUCGUGUACAUGGGCGCCAGCUGUGUGUACCCCCUCGCAUCCAGCUGUGCACACACCUUCAGCUCCAUGUCCAGGAACGCCCGGCACAUCUGCUACUUCCUGGACUACGGCGCCGUCAACUUCUUCAGCCUGGGCUCCGCCAUCGCCUACUCUGCCUAUGUGUUCCCGGACGCAUUGGUGAACACCGUCUUCCAUGACUACUACGUGGCCCUGGCUGUGCUGAACACCAGCAUUAGCACCGGCCUCUCCUGCUAUUCCAGGUUUCUUGAGGUCCAGAAGCCCAGGCUCUGUAAGAUGCUUCGUGUCCUGGCCUUCGCUUAUCCCUACACCUGGGACUCCCUUCCCAUCUUCUCCAGGCUAUUCCUCUUCCCCGGGGAGAGUGCACAGAACGAAGCCACCUUGUACCACCAGAAGCACAUGGCCAUGACCCUCCUGGCCUCUUUCCUCUACUCCGCGCAUCUGCCGGAGCGCCUGGCUCCUGGACGCUUCGACUACAUCGGUCAUAGUCACCAGCUGUUUCAUGUGUGUGUGAUCCUGGCCACACACAUGCAGAUGGAAGCCAUCCUUCUGGACAAGACUCUAAGGAAGGAAUGGCUCCUGGCCCACUCCAGGCCCCUGUUGUUCUCUCAGAUAGCCGGAGCCAUACUUCUGUGUCUCAUCUUCAGCCUCAGCAACAUAGUUUAUUUCUCAGCUGCUCUGUAUCGGAUUCCUGAGCCAGAAUUACAUAAAAAAGAAACAUAAUUCAGACCAUAAGAUUUUUGUGCCAAAUGUCAACAUUAAGCUACAACUUCCUAACCACCAUAAGCCGGUGUCAUGGUACCAGUUUACAGUGGCCUAAAAUAUUUAUAAUGGUUGGUGUCUUAGCAUUUUUGAAUGGGUUCAUGUCAAUAAGGUAUUGACGUGGGGACAUUUCUCUAGACGUGCAUUGGUUCCGUACGUGUGAUUUUAAAAGGGGAACAUGGGUUCAAGUAAGUCCUCAUUCAGGCAAAUCAUUAAUAUUUCAUUUAGUUUUUAAUUUAUUUAAAGUGAGUUCUCCAAUCCUAUUUAAACAAUUGGAUUAAGCAUACCUCCCUUGUAGCUUUACUAUGAAAUAGUGGAUUAAGCUUUACUACCCUUGUAGUAUUACUCUUGCAGAAUGCAACGUGCUUCAUCUGAUGAGUUUCAUGUAACAAAGCCUCUCCCAAGAGCUCCCACAGUGGGAAGAGAAUGAGCUGGAAAGGUCAGUAGGGGAACCUGAGAAAGAGUAAGUUGGGUCUGUGGGAGCCCUGGGGGCUGGGAAGGCAUUCCAGAAUGAAGAAACCUGGUUUGGGGAGUGGUCUUCUUCCUUUCCCCACCUAGUGAAGGGAAUGAAUAGAAAGAGAGUCCUCUUUUCCUACAAGUACAUUUUUUUUCACAAUGCAAGCUUCCCAUGUCAUUAUAGAUUUGGAUUUUCUUAAAAGUCCACAGCCUGUGGCUAAGUGUUGCAUGUUCUGUUUUGCUCUGUUUUCUUGUCACCAGUUUGAUGCCGCCAAGUAUUAUGCAGCACAGGUAAAAUGUGUUACCCAGUGGGCAUUGGCUGAGUCAAUCCCAAUUGGUUGUGCUUGUCUGUCACCUUUUAAGCCAAUGACAUCACGAUAUUUGGGGAGGUUAUACAUUUGAUGUUGCUUCAGCAUUUCAUAUAUGCUGCUGAGUUUAGUGUUCAUGUGCAGAGGAUGCUAAAGACCUUGCCAAAGGGAUGGAAACACUUGGUGAGCUUGUGACAAAUGUAGAUUCCCCAGGCAAAUCAGGAGAUGCUGCUUUACUAGUUUAAAAUGUUGGUUUCCUGGAGAAGAUCUACACUGGAGAAAGUCCCCCAGGUGAUUCUGAGUCAGGAGGGCCAUGGGCCAAACUUGCAGAAAUGCUGAUGUCACAAAUUCCAGAAGGUACUUGGCCUAUCAGCUUUGUUUUGAUUGGUCUAACUUUUAGCAACUCACCACCUAAGAAUGUGUCCCCUGCUUUCUACUCUGUGGAGUAUUACAAAACACUGAGUAUUUUCUCAUCUGUUGCAUUACUAAUUAAAGUUCACUGUUUCAUGAUGUUUUCAGAGAGUACAGAAAUGCUGACACAAAACAGUUUUUAACAGAAGCCCAUCACUCCCUAAUGUGCACUUGCUAAUGACUUAAGGGGCCAUCCAUCACAAUGCAGGAUCCUCUUUUGCUGACUCAGGAGCACCCCCAUAUCUUAGUAUACUGCCUCUCUGGUUUACUGGCCCAGACACUCGAAUGGCCUUAUAAAUAGCUCAUCGUCCAAUCCUCUAAGGACAAGUAACAAUUUAUAUUGGAUGCGAGUGGUCAAGAAAUAUGAUUUCAUUAGUUUUAUUAUCUGUUUACUUCCUCUGGGGAAGGUAGACUGAUAGAAUUAUAUGGGCUGGUAAAUUUUUGGUACAUUAAUUGCCAGCUGCAUGACAAAAUUUGUUCUUUUGGCAAGAGGCUGACAUUGUUAGUGGAAUCUUACUCCAGCAGGGUCUGUGGGCUUCCAUUUCAUGUUAUUGUAACUUCAGUCUUAUGGUGGACAAAGGUACAAAGUUUAAAUACUCCAUUCUAGUAAUGCCAAAGGCAUGAAGGCUUUUAAAUUCUCUUGUUUAUAGAGAGUAAAAUAAGGUUCUUCAUUUAGCUCAGAAGUAGUUGAAAGAUAACGGGUGACUAAUUUGAAGGACUUUUAGAUUAUUUAAUUUAAUCUUUGGUUACGUUGCUUUUUCAGCAUGCUUAAUGAUGAAAAUGAAAUGUUAAAUCAACAAAAUAAGACCAGAUGUUUCAUAAUGUUUUUAUAAGUUUGGUAAACUUAGUCCCAUUGUAACUUUUGGACAGUGUUACAAAUUAAAAUUUUAUAACAGUUUGCAGUACACUGAUUUGGACGCUUCUAAUGUUGAGUGAGAAUGGGUUCAAAUAUAUUAAUUAUCAUUAAGUAUUAUGAAGUCUAACGUGAGUAUAGUUUUGCCUAAGCCAUUCCGGAAAUUAAAAAGUUUGGCAGUGGGUCAGUUGAAACCUCACUGGGAAGAUGUCUUUUAAUGUAGCAGUUCUCUCAUUGUUUUCAUGUCUCAAUACACUUUAGAGAGGUACCAUAUUCCCACUGCUGUCUCCAAAGGCAGGGGGGAGCGACGGGGGAGAGAAUUCCUAAAGAGAUGUAUUUCUUCCCCCUCCUCCUGCUUGACAAACACUACUCUAAAAUUUGCCAGUCAUUUUUGUUGUGAUAAAACUCAGAUAUGUUUGAAUGAGGCCAUUUAGUCAAUUGCCCCAGAGUUUCAUUUUCCUUUGCUCAGUUCUUAGAAAGGAACUCUCCCUCUUCUUUCUAAAGACAUGAAUUUGUCAUUGUUGAUUAGAGUUAAAAGUGGGAUGUUCAGAAGCCUUUUGAGUACAAAGUGAUUUAAAUAUUUGGUCUGCUGCAAUCUUUCUCAAAGUUUUUUUGUGGAAGGAACUCAGCUCCCAGGAGAUGUUCUGAGGAAGGCAGGGUGGAGAAGAAUGCUGUUUUUGGAUGCAUUGGAGAAACCUUUCCUUUGGAUCUGCUGUGUCCCAAAUUUGUUUUGGUCAUGGUACCCUUUUUAUAUGAAACACCUAUUAACACUGUAUAACAACACUUUAUAACAUAUUGUUGAAUGCCAGCCUCUGAUUUUCCAGUUGACAAUACAUUAUGGAUGAAAAGGCAGAGACCUAUGUCCAAACUCAGAGAUGUUCUUCCAACUUAUACUAAUGUCUGGUUUUCUUAAACUGUGUGGAAGAAAAAAUAAAAUAAAAUGUAUUUAUUAUAGGAAAGUCCUCCCGUUUCUCACUUGACUUGGUUAUAUUUCACCUACCCCACUGCAAACAUGUUCAUUCAUCAUGAGAAAUAGAUUCCUGUACGUGUGUUUUGUUAAGUCAUUCAAUGAACAUUUAUUUAGUGCUUGGUAUAUAUAGAACAAACACCAUCCUAGGAGUUGGGGAUACAGAAGAGAACAAAACCCAAACCAUCCUUCCCUCGUGGAGCUGAUGUUCUAUGUCAGUCAGUAGGACAAGAGAUAUAGAUAAAUUCAGAUAAUGGUAAGUGCUUAGAAAAUAAGCCUGGGACUUCCCUAGUGGCGCAGUGGUUAAGAAUCCGCCUGCCAAGGCAGGGGACAGGGGUUCAAGCCCUGGUCCGGGAAGAUCCCACAUGCCGUGGAGCAACUAAGCCCAUGCGCCACAACUACCGAGCCUGCGCUGUAGAGCCCGCAAGCCACAACUACUGAAGCCCGUGAGCCACAGCUACUGAAGCCCGCACACCUAGAGCCUGUGCUCCGCAACAAGAGAAGCCCGCGCACCGCAACGAAGAGUAGCCCCCCGCUUGCUGCAUCUAGAGAAAGCCGCGUGCAGCAACAAAGAACCAACACAGCCAAAAAUAAAUAAAUAAAUAAAUUUAUAAAAAAAGAAAAGAAAAGAUGCCUGGUGAGGGAAUAGGGAGGGGUGGGGUAGGGCAGCUGAGAUAGGAUGGGCACUCUGAUAAACUGGUAUUUGAGGAGAGACUUGAUGGUUGAAAAGGAACCAACUUUGCCAGCAUGUGGGGGAGAGUAUUUCAGGUCCAGGUAGCUGUAAGUGCAAAGGCCCUAAGGCCAGUAAGCGUUUGUCUUAUUGGAAGGAUAGAAAUCAGGCCACUCAUUCCUGAAAUGUAUAGCUCCAGAAGACAUCGGCAUGACUCAGAGAACUAUGAAAUUUCUCCUGAAUGUUCCUCCUGGGAGAUUGCCCAAGGGGUCUUCCUAUGGCCCCUUGGUAUUUGUAUGAAUUCUUCAACUCUGUAAUAAACGUACUUCGGCAAA